GGGAGCCGCUGGGGCUAGGGGACGCUUUCUCCAGAAGGUGGCCUCUCGGGAGCCAUGGUGGACCGGGGCCCUCUGCUCACCUCGGCCAUCAUCUUUUACCUGGCCAUCGGGGCGGCGAUCUUCGAGGUGCUGGAGGAACCGCACUGGAAAGAGGCUAAGAAAAACUACUCUAUACAGAAAACGCAUCUACUCAAGGAGUUCCCGUGUCUGGGCCAGGAGGGCCUGGACAAGGUCCUGCAGGUCGUAUCUGAUGCUGCAGGACAGGGCGUGGCCAUCACGGGGAACCAGACCUUCAACAACUGGAACUGGCCCAAUGCAAUGAUUUUUGCAGCCACUGUAAUCACUACCAUCGGCUAUGGCAAUGUGGCCCCCAAAACCCCCGCUGGGCGUCUCUUCUGUGUCUUCUAUGGUCUCUUUGGAGUGCCACUCUGCCUGACAUGGAUCAGUGCCCUGGGCAAGUUCUUCGGGGGACGAGCGAAGCGGCUGGGCCAGUUCCUCACCAAGAGAGGCGUAAGCCUGCGGAAGGCACAAAUCACAUGCACGGCCAUCUUCAUCGUGUGGGGCGUCCUGGUCCACCUGGUGAUCCCACCCUUCGUGUUUAUGGUGACCGAGGAGUGGGACUACAUUGAGGGCCUCUACUACUCCUUCAUCACCAUCUCCACCAUCGGCUUCGGCGACUUCGUGGCCGGUGUGAACCCCAGCGCCAACUACCACGCCCUGUACCGCUACUUUGUGGAGCUCUGGAUCUACCUGGGGCUGGCCUGGCUGUCCCUGUUUGUCAACUGGAAGGUGAGCAUGUUUGUGGAGGUCCACAAGGCCAUUAAGAAGAGGCGGCGACGGCGGAAGGAGUCCUUCGAGAGCUCCCCACACUCCAAGAAGGCUCUGCAGAUGACAGGGAGCACUGCCUCCAAGGACGUCAACAUCUUCAGCUUUCUGUCCAAAAAGGAGGAGACCUACAACGACCUCAUCAAGCAGAUUGGGAAGAAGGCAAUGAAGACGAGUGGGGGUGGGGACAGGGUCCCGGGGAUGGGACCUGGACCUGGACCUGGACCUGGAGCAGGACUGGGACCAGGACCGGGGCAAGGAUCGGGCCUGGUCCCUCAGGGCGGCGGGCUGCAGGGUGUCCCUGCCUCCCUGGUCCCCCUGGUGUUCUACUCCAAGAACCGGGUGCCCAGCUUAGAGGAGGUGUCUCAGACACUAAGGAGCAAAGGCCAUGUGUCGCGGUCCCCCAGUGAGGAGGCUGGGGCCGGGCCCCCCGAGGAUGGCUCCCCCACCUCUGAGGUGUUCAUUAACCAGCUGGACCGCAUCAGCGAGGAGGGCGAGCCGUGGGACGCCCAGGACUACCACCCCCUCAUCUUCCAGAACCCUAACAUCACCUUUGCGAACGAGGAGACCAGCCUCUUGGAUGAAGAGACGUCCAAGUCCUCUCUGGAGGACAACCUGGCCGGGGAGGAGAGGCCCCAGGAGGAGGCUGGGGCUGAGGCGCCCCUGAACUUGGGCGAGUUCCCUUCCUCGGACGAGUCCACCUUCACCAGCACUGAGUCGGAGUUCUCUGUGCCUUACGAACAGCUCAUGAACGAGUACAACAAGGACAACUGCCCCAGGGGCACGUGAGGCGGGGCCGGCUCCCCACUCCACCUCUGGCUUCUGUUACCCUCAUCCUGGGCUGUCCUGCUGUGCCUGGGACCCCCUGGAUCUGGGAGUGGGGGGCCAGGGCCUUCCUCACCUUCAUCCCCUCCAGCUAGAUGCCACCUGCCAAGCGUGGCGUCCCCAGGACAGGGCCUCUUCUCCAGCUGAGCGGCACCUGGCGGUGGGAGGCGU